GUAGAGAGAGAAGAAGAAGAGCCUUCAAAUCACCGUAAUCCACGUGCUAAAAUGCGCCACCAUGACAUUCUUUCUUGUCCUACGAAAGCACCUCCAACUCCCUCCCUUUUUUUCUUCCGCGCGCACACACUCUGUUCAGCCUUUCUUGUACUGUUUUCGUGUUCUCAUAGCAUUGUUCUGCUUUUUUCCCAUUUCUUAUUUUAAUAUUUAUGCACUCUUUUUAAAAACUUCCUCACAGUUAAAGCUGCAACGGAAUCACCCACAUACGGAAAAGUGUGUGCGCAGGAUAAGAGCUUGCACUCUUCCCCGUUUCAAACAAAUAAACACACCGAGAGAGAAAAAGAGAGAGAGAGAGAGAGAGAGAGAGGAGGCCUUUUAUCUUUGGUGUUGUUGAUUGGAGAGGGAAGGCAAUGGAGAGGAUCGGUGUCAUGAGUAUGUGGGGGUGUUCAUCGAAAGGUCGGUUUCUUUUGUAAGAUAAAAACAAGCACUCGAUUACAAUACAGAGAGAGGGCCACCCAUGCUUUGGUCCGCGUGCUUUGAUACAAACUGAUGGGUUUGUUUCUUUUCUUUCCAUUUCUCUUCCCUUAUUUGGUUGUGCCCCAAAGCCCCACCUCUUAAUUUGCAGACCCAUUCCGCAGUUUUUGUUCCUUGAUUUUUGGAUUCUUUGGGGGUGGGGGGCUCGGCUCUGCUUUCGUGCCCGAUUGGAUUGUUUGUUUUUCUCGGAGGAUCUCUAAUACUGAGACGAGGUUUGAUUGUAAUUUCCCAUCUUUCUGGAGGAAAAGUUAUGAAGGAGAGGUAAGCUGAAGAGCUAGGACUUAUUUUGGAUGAGAAAUGAGACUUUCCUUCUUGGGACUAAGGGGAAAGUUGGGGUUCUUGGUGUCUCAUUGAAGAUGUUUAUGGGGCACACAUGAUGGGUUGUGUUGAGGAGAAAGUCAAAGCUGGAGGGUUAAGUAGUGGGGCACGUACAAGUCUGCUCGAGGAGAUGAAGUUCUUGAAGGAAAUGCAGGAUCAGUCCGGAGCCAGGAAGGCUAUAAACUCCGAGUUAUGGCACGCUUGCGCCGGUCCCCUUGCUUCAUUGCCGCAGGUGGGGAGCCUGGUGUACUACUUUCCUCAAGGUCAUAGCGAGCAGGUAGCUGCUUCCACGAAACGGACAGUUACUUCACAAAUUCCCAAUUAUCCGAAUCUCCCUUCUCAGUUGAUGUGCCAAGUUCAAAAUGUCACAUUGCAUGCAGACAAAGAUACGGACGAAAUUUAUGCUCAAAUGAGUCUUCAACCUGUGACCUCUGAAAAAGAUGUAUUCCCUGUACCAGACUUUGGGUUGAAGCCCAGCAAACAUCCAAACGAGUUUUUCUGCAAAACGUUAACUGCAAGUGAUACAAGCACACAUGGUGGCUUCUCAGUACCGCGCAGAGCAGCAGAGAAGCUCUUUCCUCCGUUGGAUUAUACAAUGCAACCACCAACUCAAGAACUUGUUGUCCGCGAUUUGCAUGAUAACACCUGGACAUUUCGGCACAUAUACCGUGGACAACCGAAGCGACAUCUUCUCACAACUGGAUGGAGUUUGUUUGUUGGUGCUAAAAGGCUUAAAGCAGGUGAUGCUGUCCUUUUUAUCAGGGAUGAAAAGUCACAGCUACUGGUUGGCGUGAGGCGUGCCAACCGUCAGCAAACAACAUUACCAUCAUCUGUUCUAUCUGCUGAUAGCAUGCACAUUGGUGUCCUUGCUGCCGCAGCUCAUGCUGCAGCUGACCGCUGCCCAUUCACAAUUUUCUACAACCCAAGGGCAUGCCCUUCAGAAUUUGUCAUUCAUUUAGCUAGAUACCGCAAAUCUGUCUAUGGGACGCAACUGUCAGUUGGCAUGAGGUUUGGGAUGAUGUUUGAAACAGAGGAGUCGGGUAAGCGGAGGUAUAUGGGUACAAUAGUCGGUAUUAGUGACUUUGAUCCCCUGAGGUGGCCUGGUUCCAAGUGGAGAAAUCUUCAGGUGGAGUGGGAUGAGCCAGGGUGUUGCGAUAAACAGAAUAGGGUCAGUCCAUGGGAAGUAGAGACUCCUGAAAGUAUUUUCAUUUUCCCUUCUUUGACUUCUGGUCUCAAGCGACCGUUGCACUCCGGUUUUUUUGGAGCAGAAACUGAAUGGGGACAUUUGGUUAAAAGGCCCCCUGUCCAGGUUCCUGAAAAUGGAAACGGGAAUCUGCCAAACUCAAUAUCUAAUAUAUGCUCAGAAAAACUGAUCAACAUGUUACUGAAACCUCAGAUUAUUAACCAUCCUGGAAACUUUUUUUCUACUCAACAACAAGAAUAUGCUACUAGGGUAGAGCCCUUACAAGAUGUGAAGACCAUGCUGGGCACGAUGAACCAAAAGUCUCAGUCCAUCUCAUCAGAAGGUACAUCCCCUGUUCCCCCUCAGUCAUGCCUUGACCAACAAGAUGUCGUGAACUCAAAUUCAUCAUCGAAAGCAAUUGCACCAGGAAAAUUGAACCCUCUGCCGAAAUUUGAAAACCAAACACUGGCUGGAGCUAAUACAGAAAAGCCAAAUUUUGAGCCUGACAUUUCAGCAGAGGAGUUAAGCCAGGUGACAUCCACUGGCGAGUGCAAUGAGCAAAAGAUGGCUGCAGGACCUAUGAGUCUUCAAAACCCUGUAAACCAGCCAACAUUCUUUAACCAGAGCCAGGAAUCAAUACAAGCACAAACUAGUCUGUGGCCUAUGCAGCCACAAUUGGAAUCAUUGAUCUACCAUACCGAACAACUUGAUGUACCCCAAUCUGAUUCUUCUAAUCUAAAUGGCUUUCUUCCUUCCCCAGACCUUGAUGAAUGGAAAUUUUAUCCCUCAUGCCAACCUCUUAGUGGGAUGUUUAGAUCACCUGGACCUCUAUCUGUGUUUGGAUUGCAAGACCCUUCAACAUUGUUUCCUGAAGCAGUUAAUCCUUCUCUACCUUCAAUGGGACAGGAAAUUUGGGAUCAUCAACUUAAUAAUUUAAAUAGUUUAUCCCAAGCGGAGCAGCUCUCUUCUUUUUCACAACAAGACCCAUGUAACGUUAAUUGUACGUCUAAUUCAAUUGUUUUAAGAGAUAUGUCAGAUGAGAGCUACAACCAAAGUGGGAUUUACAGCUGCCCUAACAUUGAUGUAAAUAAUGGUGGAAGUGCUGUGGUAGAUCCUUCUGUUUCAAGCACCAUUGUGGAUGACCUAUGUAUGCUAAAGAGUACAGAUUUUCAGAAUCCUCCUGAUUAUUUGAUAGGCAACUUCAGUUCUGGUCAAGAUGUUCAAUCACAGAUUACCUCAGUGAGCCUAGGAGACUCUCAGGCUCUCUCACGUAAGGACUUACCUGACAACUCAGGAGGUACGUCCUCGAGCAACAUAGAUUUUGAUGAGGGCAGUCUUCUUCAGAAUAACUCAUGGCAGCAAGUAGUUCCGCCUGUGCGAACCUAUACAAAGGUCCAGAAAAAAGGAUCUGUUGGGAGGUCUAUUGAUGUCACUGGUUUUAAAAACUACAAUGAACUGUGUUCUGCAAUUGAGUGCAUGUUUGGACUCGAGGGGCUGCUCAAUGACCCAAGAGGUUCAGGGUGGAAGCUAGUAUAUGUAGAUUACGAGAAUGACGUUCUACUCGUAGGAGAUGAUCCUUGGGAGCAAUUUGUUCGAUGUGUCCGGUGCAUCAAAAUCUUAUCACCUUCAGAGGUUCAGAAGAUGAGUGAAGAGGGAAUGAAGCUUCUAAACAGUGCUGCAAUGCAAGGGGUCUAAGUAAGCAUGCUGGACAUUCACUUGACUGCAAUCAUCCUCGAGAUCACAUGAGUCUGAUUUGUGGGGAGAUCUCAGUUUCUGGCCAGGAACUGCAUGAGUUUAACUGGGUCUGGCACGCACCUCGAUCAGGCUAGUUGAUGUGGGUGAACGGUACUCUAUUACUUGCUUUUGCCUUUGUAAAGCUGCAAUGUGCUGUUUGACAUUUGAGUCGCAUUUGUUCGAACAUGAAAUUAGACGUGGAACCCUUUUUAGUGUAAUAGAGCUUAUGGUUGAUAGGGAAAGAUUAAUAAUUAAGGACAACGCUAGGGGGCCGCCCAGCGUGUCCUGCUCGGUGUGCUCCUAGUGUAUUUGAGA